AAAGACAGAAUAGUUAAAGUUUGCUUUACUCAAGUUUGGGAAGUUCCUCAGGAGUUUCCCUCUUUGACAAAAUCCACCUCAGACUUUGUGCAAAUUGAAAGUAGAAGAGGUCAAUAAAAGGGAUUUCAGUGCACCACUCUUCAGUCAAACACCAACAGAGAGGAAGGACAGAGUCGUGGACAAACAGAGGAUUCCUCAGCAGAGGACGAAUCAACAGUGAAGUAAAAAUGAGCAGGACAUCUACCAUGACAAUUCUGCUUCUGCUUCUGUGUGCCUUUGCUGCUCAUGGUAUUCCGACCUUAGAAAUUCAAGGACGUUGUCAAUGCAUUCAACCAACCUGGAAAUUUAUUCACCCGAAGUUCAUGAAGAGCAUGAAAUAUAUUCCCAGAGGUUUGCACUGUGAGAGACUGGAGAUAAUAUUCAAGCUGAAAAGUGGGAAAAAAAUCUGUGUGAAUCCCCGUGCCAAAUGGUUGAAGGUCAUCUUUAAGGCUGGCUUUGGACCCAAAACUAAGAAAUUAAUCGAGUGAACUCAAUUCCACUUCUGGAUCACCUCAACUAUCACAAAUGAUGCAACUGAACGCUUCGCUCUAUAACUUCUGAGAGCUUGUUCUACAAUUUCCUACUUUGUUUCUAAUAUUUCCACUUGUCAAAGCAUGAUGUCUACGCAAUAAGAUUUUAAUAAGAUAUAACUAAUUAUGUUCGCUAUUUACAUAAACUUCUUGCAAUGGCUGCAAUAUUUUCCACUGUAUAUUUUAUGUGGAUUUUAUCAAAUUAUUACGUUGUUAUUCAAUUUGCUUGCUAUUGGCAAUAAAUGCUGGCUUGUCAAUGAGAGGGAUCCCACAAAAUUGAUAAAUAAAUAAAUAAUCUGCAUUAAUUUUAAGAAUUAUUUUUAUUUCUCUGCAUUUUUAGUU